AUGCUAACAACAAUGGAGGAGAGGUUAAUAGCUGCUGUGUCCGAUUAUCCAGAGUUGUACAAUUCUACAAUAAAUUCAUAUAAAGACUCCACGAGAAAAGCCAAAGCGUGGAGAGCUGUGAGUUUACAAGUUGACAUACCAGAAGAGGACUGUCGCAGGAGAUGGAAGAGCUUACGGGACAUGUUCAUCAAAGAUAAACGAUCAGAGCAGCGCAGGCGAGUGUCAGGAACGUCGCACCGCAGCUGGAAGUACAGCUGGCAGAUGUCUUUCCUCACGCCGUUCAUCCAGUCCAGAUCGCUGGCCACAGACGAGCCCGAGGAAGACCGAGAUGAUGAAGACAAGGAGGAGGAGAGGACGGCGGACGGAAACUCUUCGUUUGUCGAGCAAGACUUUGAAGGGGAUCAUGGGAUGCUGGAUGGAUCGUCGCAAUACAGCGCGUCUGGAUCACAAGGACCGGGACGCAAGCGGAAGUGGCAGAUGGAGGGAACGGAGGACUUGGAGGACGAGAUGUUCUUGUUUAGUCUCCUGCCGUAUCUGAGGAGGCUGCCGUACGCGAAGAAGAGUGCGGUGAAAUUAAAGAUUCACCAGCUGUUGUAUGAGGCAGAGUUUAAGUGACGUUCAAUAGUUUUUAUUCAUAUUUUUCUAUCUUUUAUUGAUAUUGAAAUUCUAUCUAUUGCAUUUAUUUUUACGUUCGUAACAAACUGUAUCGACGCUGGUAGAUUGUGAUGUUUGUUUCAUCAAAGCUGAAAUGAUUGUUGAGUUUGCGACACAUAUUCCUCUUCUGUGAAGUUUGGUGUUUCUAUGGUUACUCUCUAGCGGACGAUCUAUAGAUGUAUAUUAAUGACAAAUGCCUUUGAAAGAAAAGAGCGCACUUAAUUGCACUAAAUGAAAAAUAAAUGCAUUGCAUGAACAGAGCUCGCAUGUUUUGGGGAUGCAAUUUCAUAUGGUCAGUUAAAAACAUUUUAUCAUAUUCACCUUCCAAAAUAUUCCCUUUUAUAUGUCCUCUUAUUAGUCAACAGGUAAUAUUCAGUCCAUUGUAUUUCAAGCUUUUACCUCCUGGCAGAGCAGGAAAAGCAGUCGAGUGCCGAUGCACAAUCUUCAUACGAGGUUGGAGUUUUAACCACCGAAAUUUUAGAGACGAAUUUGCAAAGCGAAAUAUAAUGGAUCGAAUAUUACCUACUGUAUUUAUUUUGUUUGUUUGUUUAGUUAACUGCAUUUUUUGGAACUGAAUUUUGGAAGGUCGAUACUUAUAAUUGAAUUUUGAAUCAAUGUUUUCAAUUGAAAUAAUCACAGCUUAAAUAUUCAACCGUAUGGAAUUGCACCGUUCAUGCAAUGCGUUUAUUUUUGACAUUUUUCUAGAAACAUUUGUCAUAAAUUCUUCCAUAACUAUCAAAACCGCCAUAUAGCGGAGGCAUGUUUCACAAGUGAUAACCAUUUUAAUGCAUGAACUUCGUUAGACUGUUCUCCACUACAUGAAAAUACUGGUGACUAGUGAUAUAUGUCAGCCAGAUCGAUUAAUCGAUGAUAUUUAGCCAUUUUAAGAUUAUUGGCAUUGACGACUAUCUUUGUCUUUUUGUAGACAUAGACCAAUAAUUCAUUUGACCGAUGUCGUAAUUAAUUGCUUAUUGUUUUCUAUCAGUUCUACUGAUAAAUGUCAUUUCAAAUCUCUGUUUGGAAACUUUCCACUUGCUCAAAAUAGACCGGCAACGACAGCAUUAUUGUUAAAAUUCAAAUAUUUAUAUUUGGGAUUUGUUUAAUUGUUGUGGUCGAAUGAUUAUUUAGUUAUUGUGUCAAAAAACUAAAAUAAAACGGUUAAAAAAAAAUCUGCUGCGUUUUGGUUAUCAGAUACUCGCGCAUUAAAAUAAACAACAUUUGAUUUGAUCAUAAAAAAUAAAAAAAAGAUUUACAUUUUUAUUAAUUGUUGUUCAAUCUUUAUAUAUUUAGUUUGUUCCAAAAAAACAUUUUUUUUUCUGUGUGAACGCAAGUACAUUUUGUAUUAAAUAAGUGUUCAUUUUAGCAAUAUUUGCUCUCAUGACACUGUACUAUGUAUGUAAUCUAUACAUUGGCAUUAUAUUUCACUUUGGCUGCUUUACCCAUCUGUUGAGAGCACUACUGGAAACACUUAUUUUCUCCCAAUCAAAUAAUAAAACAGCAUCUCUCUUGUAGUACAUUAGAAGCAACUGGUGCCACAUCUUUAUUAAAAUUGAGUGCUUUCACCAGUUAGUUGUUCCCUGUUUACAUAUUCCAUAAUGCUAAUAUAGUAUGCAUGUUAGUAUGCUUAUUUAAACCGAGCCGAUGCAUACAGUAAAUGUGCAUACUGUGCAGUGUAAACCAAUCGAGUAGUAUGCUAUUCUGAACAACAUGCUCAAAUAGCAUAAAAAUGAAUAAACGGUAAUGUAAUUGCUAUUCCAAACAAUUUGCUAAAAUAGUAUGAGAAUGAUGGUAGUAUGCCAUUUUGAACAUAGCCAAUGCAUAUAAACACUACAUACUUUGCAUUUACAUUUAUGCAUUU